GUUCAAGUAAGCUUCUCCUUCCGUCGUUUCUCUUCAUGUAACUGAAACUCAGACAGAUUGAUUCCUAGCGUCACCGGAAUCUUGGUUCUGUCCCUUUUGUCGUUUAAUUUUGGGAUUCCGGUGGGACAGCUGCUACCAUCCGCCGCCUUCUCUUGGAAGUUUCGAGAGGCGGAAUUAAGACGCUCGAAGCUUGACGAAGUUGCCAAGAUGACCGGAAAAUUGUUGGUAGAUAGGGUUCUAGCACUGAAGAGUUCCUCCCAAUCGAAACUUCGCUUCCAGCUUCUUAGGGCUUCCUUAUCCCACCAUUUCACCAUGACUCCGCCUUCUCCAUUACCAUCGGCCAGCAGAACUAGCUUGGUUGAUAUUGUGUGCAAGGCUGGUGUUCAGAAACCUGCUACCAACCCUGUCCACGGUAUUCAACUGUGGACUGCGUGGAUUCAUUCGACCCCACCUCUGGGCAGUGUCAACCAAUCUGAAACUGCUGUGCCUGUUGAUGGGGCUAGCAAUGCCAAUGUGAAGAGGAAAAAACUGAAAGGAAAGAGAGCAGUUGUUAGGUGGUUAAAGUACUUCAGAUGGAAGAAGAAGAAAGAUUAUGAGAGAAUGACAUCAGAAGAAAAGAUCCUUUAUAAGUUAACGAAGGCUCGUAGAAAGGAGGAAAGGCUGAUCACUGCCUUGAAGAAGAUCGAACCUUCAGAAUCAUCGGAAGCAACCCAUGAUCCCGAGAUAUUGACCCCAGAAGAACAUUUCUUCUUCUUGAAGAUGGGGAUCAAGUGCAAGAAUUAUGUCCCUGUUGGAAGACGAGGGAUAUACCAAGGCGUCAUACUCAACAUGCAUUUGCACUGGAAGAAGCAUCAGACACUCCAGGUGAUUGUCAAGACAUUUCCACCAGACGAGGUCAAGGAGAUUGCCACUGAGCUGGCACGAUUAUCAGGAGGUAUUGUGCUGGAUAUUCACCAAGGAAAUACGAUUAUCAUGUACAGAGGCAAGAACUAUGUGCAGCCCCCUACAGAGAUCAUGUCACCCAGGGUCACUCUCCCCAGAAAGAAGGCACUUGACAAGUCCAAGUACAAAGAUGCCCUCCGAGGGGUUAGAAGGCAGAUUCCAAGGCUUGAACAGGAGCUUGAUUUGCUUCGUGUUCAGGGCAAGGUCAAACCGCGAAACCAGGCUAAUGCUGUUGAUCAUGAAGCUGAUGAGGCUCGCAUAGCUGAUACAGAAAAUGAAAGCCUUUCAAGCGGACCACUGGAAGGUUCGAGCAAACUCAAACAACUUCUAGAUGAUGCGAAGGAAACAUAUAAUGAUGAUUCAGAUACGGAUGAUGAAAUGAUAUCAGAUUCAGAAGAUCUGUCAGACAUCUUUGAGACUGAUUCUGGGACGGAGAUGGAUGAAGAGAAGGAUGAACGGCCCUUAUACUUGGAUCAGUUUGAAAAGUUCCCGGUUCAAGAUGAUGGAGAGCCUGAAGAUUUUGAAGAGUAUUUAAAGAAGGCAUCUGGAGACUCCAAAGGUGGAGAUUCACCAACUUUUGAUGAGGUCGACCGUAUGUUCAUACGUGCAGCCUCUCUGUUAAGGAAAAAUAGGAGGCACAACUAAUAAGCCGGCGUGCUGCCUUACUCUGAGACUUAAUGUGGUAUAUCUUGACAUCUCGAAUGCCAUUUUCUCCAAGGUAAACUAAAUCGCUGAACAAUCGACAUGUAGUUGGUGCAAUUUACUGCCUGCCAACAGGCAAAACAAGAUGAACAAAUAACAUUAUGGAGGCAGCGCCAUUGUUUGGGUGGCCUCUACAAAUUACAGGUACUAGUAUGUUAGGGAGUGAGAUCACAACAUGGUUUCUGUGUUCUCUCUUGACGCUAACUAUAUAAUUUUAUCUAGAUAAUGACAUCUGUUGAUGCUUAACUGUAUGAUCGUAUCUGUUAUAUUUGCUUGUGA